UGAUUACUGAUAAGGACCGAGGCCUUUUCCCGAGUGACGUGUGUGACGUGUCUCCGCGCCCGUGUACCUAUUACGUUUGUAACUUUUUUCUCUGUAAUACAUUAUUAUUAUAAUAAUUUCCGUGACUGGUCCGACGGAAAACUAUGCGAUCGUGAUUGCCGAAGAGAACGGUAGUAUAACUUUUAGCCCGUCGACGAAACGCAGUUGGUCUGGCCGUCAUCCGUUUCGAAUCGUUGUACCAGUACACCGGGGACCGUUUUGCCGAGCACACUUCAAUGGCGUUCAAACGGGACAAAAAGGAAGAAGAAGACGGUAACGGAGGCAAUCCGUAUCAGAAUCUUGAAAAAACCAGUGUUCUCCAGGAAGCAAGGACGUUCAACGACACCCCUGUUAAUCCAAGAAAAUGCACACACAUCCUCACCAAGAUAUUGUAUAUGAUAAAUCAGGGUGAACAACUUGGAACAGCUGAAGCAACUGAAACAUUUUUCGCCAUGACUAAACUAUUUCAAUCGCGUGAUAUUAUAUUAAGAAGAAUGGUUUAUCUUGGAAUUAAGGAACUAAGUGGAAUAGCAGAAGAUGUAAUCAUUGUAACUUCCAGUUUGACCAAAGAUAUGACUGGAAAGGAAGAUACAUAUAGGGCAGCUGCUAUUAGAGCUUUAUGCAGUAUUACUGAUGUGUCCAUGUUACAAACAAUUGAACGUUAUAUGAAGCAAGCAAUUGUUGACAAAAAUCCUGGCAUCAGCAGUGCUGCUUUGGUGAGCUGUUUACAUUUGUGUAAAAACACUUCGGCUACCGACAUUGUCAAACGUUCACUCAAUGAAAUUCAAGAGGCUUUAAAUUCCGACAAUGUAAUGGUACAAUAUCAUGCAUUAGGACUACUGUUUCACAUUCGGAAAACAGAUCGUUUAGCUGUCACAAAGUUAGUGGCUAAACUUACAAAAAUAAAUAUGAAAUCACCAUUUGCAGUUUGCAUGUUGAUACGAAUGGCAUGUAAACUAUUAGAAGAAGAAACUAUUCCACGAUCUGAAUCUCCGUUGUUUGAGUUUGUAGAAUCGUGUAUUCGUCAUAAAUCAGAAACUGUCGUAUAUGAAGCAGCACAUGCAAUUGUUCAUUUGAGUGGUACUGGAGCAAGGCAUUUGGCACCGGCUGUGUCUGUGUUACAAUUAUUCUGCUCAUCUGCUAAACCAACACUACGGUUUGCUGCAGUUCGAACACUUAACAAAGUUGCGAUGGAACACCCAAGUACAGUAACUGCUUGUAAUUUGGAUCUUGAGAACCUAAUUAGCGAUUCUAAUCGUUCAGUAGCCACUUUAGCUAUAACAACAUUAUUAAAAACUGGUGCUGAAGCAUCAGUGGAUCGCCUGAUGAAACAAAUUGCAACAUUUGUUAAUGAAAUUUCCGAUGAGUUUAAAAUUGUUGUUGUUCAGGCUAUAAGGGCAUUAUGUUCAAAAUUCCCUCGUAAACACACUGUUUUGAUGAACUUUUUGUCUGGUAUGCUAAGAGAAGAAGGUGGACUCGAAUACAAAGCAUCAAUAGCUGAUACGAUUAUAGCAAUUAUAGAAGAAAACCCUGAAGCAAAAGAGAUUGGGUUAGCACACCUCUGUGAGUUUAUUGAAGAUUGUGAGCAUACUAGUUUGACAGUUCGUAUAUUACAUCUAUUGGGUAAAGAAGGACCUCGCACAAAACAACCAUCAAGGUUUAUAAGGUUCAUUUACAAUAGAGUGAUAUUAGAAGGAGCUGUUGUAAGAGCUGCAGCAGUUGGAGCUAUGGCUAAAUAUGCUGCUAACUGUGCAAUGCUCCACGAUAGUAUAAAAGUACUUUUGAAGAGAUGUUGUCUAGACGUUGAUGAUGAAGUCAGGGAUAGAGCAACAUUUUAUAGUCAAUUAUUGAGUUCCAAUAAUCGACAGUUAAUCACAGAUUACUUGUCAGAACCCAUGCAUGUAUCAUUGCCAGUUUUGGAGAAGACUUGUCAAGAUUAUGUUUUAAAUCCCACAAAAGAACGUAUUAAUCUUAGUGAAUUACCAGUUGAUAUAGUAGUUAAAAAUAUUUCUCAAGAACCAACAAGAAAACAGAAUAUUGAUAAUGCCGUGAAACCAGUUGAAGUACCUGUUGAAAAUGUGGACGGCCAAAAAUUGCCUAGUCUGAUUGGUUUAGACGCUGGUAAACUUUUCUGUUCUUCCGAACCUUCCAUGUUGACUGAACCAGAAACUGAGUAUGUUGUGCGGUGUAUUAAACAUAUAUUUAAUCAUCAUUUGGUUCUACAAUUUGAAAUCACCAACACGUUAGAUGACCAAAUUUUAGAAGAUAUUUCAGUUGCACUGGAUGUAAGUGAAGGUUUCCAGUAUUUAAAUGAAUUUAAGUGUCCCUCAAUAAAAUAUCAAGAAACUGGCAAUGUUUAUGUUUAUUUGAAAUUUCCAGAUGACUCAGUUGAUGCUAUUGGUAAAUUUUUUUUUAAAUUUUUUGUAUUAUGUACAUCAAAUUUUUUUUUUUUUUUAGCAAGUUUUACUGCCAAAAUGAAAUUUAUUGUUAAGGACUGUGAUCCCUUGACCGGUGAAGUUCAGGAUGAUGGUUAUCAAGAAGAUUAUAGGCUAGAAGAUGUUGAAAUGACACUAAAAGAUCAAAUGUUAAAAGUGAAAGUUGGAAAUUGGGACUCCUUAUGGGAGGAAGCAAAGAAUGUUUGUUUUGAAGUACAAGAAACUUUUGCGUUGCCAUUAACUUCUGGAGGUUUAUCAGAUACUGUUAGUCAAAUUAUAUCAUUCCUUGGAAUGGCUGCUUCCAACAAUUCUGAGAAUGUACACCCACCUAAUAAAUCAUCACAUAUAGUGAAUUUAGCUGGUAUGAUGCGAGGAAACUGUAAAGUUCUUGCACAAGCAAAAUUAGCGUUGUCUGAAAAUAGUGUUACCAUUCAACUUACUGUGCGUUCGAUGGAUGAAAGAGUGGCUGAACUGGUUGUGUCUACUCUCGAUUGAUUGUUUUAUAUUAUUUUAUUCUUUAUGUAUUAAAAAAAAAAAAGUGUAUUUGGGUACUGAAACCCAUUUUAUACAUUUUUAUUAGUUAUGUAUUAUUUUACACUUAUAAUAUUCAUAGUAUAUGCAUACCAAUAAAUGAAUUUAAAUAUUA